GCGUGAGUGGCGUGGGCGGCCUGGGCGGGGGGCUCAGUGGCUGUUGGCGUGGCUGCUGCUGUCUGUCAUUCCUGCCGCCUCGUAUUGAUUUUGACAGAACUUUCAUUACAAAAAACAACUUCUUUUUGUUUACCUAUCUCCAUCGCAUCAUGGCUACAAGAGCACUAGAGAGAUGAGGGAGGGGCGUAACAACCUGCCCCGCUCAGUGUCCCUCAGCGUGAUCCAUGGCCGUGUUUUGCCGUGGGGGCGGGCGCGGUGGGAGCGAGUGAGCGGCAGGAGGUGAGGUGCGCCUGGCGAGCGUCUGCUGUGUGCGUGUGUGCGUGUGUUUGUGUGUGUGUGUGUGUGAGAGAGAGAUCGGCUGCAGCAGACGACGCAGCAUUGUGUCGUGCCAGGCCAGCAGACGACGUGGCAGUACAAGACGCAGCCUCCGUCGAGAUGGUGCACCAGGUGAUCUACGCGCUGCGGGGUUGGAUCGCCUUCGUGGCCUUCAUCGACAUGGGGAUGGCCGUGCAGUGCUUUCUCGACGCCGACUCCUUCCUCGGCUCACAGCUUUACACGGCCGGGGACAUAGCCGAGCAUGUUAACCCCGCCAUGUCGCGGCUGCUGGGCUCUCAACGCUUGCUGAGUGCGCUGAUCAUGACCCACUGUGCUCUCUGCAUCCACCACAUGCCGAUCCUGAGCAUGGCUGUGUGUAGCUGCAUCCUGACCAUCGCCGCCAACACAACGGAGACGCUUUGGUAUCGAACCGCGCCCAUCAACUUCUACACGCUCUUCCCCGUUGCCAUAGCCGCCGUGACCAUCGUGGGCCUGUGUGUGGCGCCGAGCUUCCUCAAGAGCCCGGAGAUCGAGGCCGAAGAGGAGGCGCACCUGCUCAAGCUGGGUCUGCCGCGGCGCAAGUGCUGGAACAAGAAGAGGACCUGAUGCUUGAGGGGGGCAGCUCUCCCUCCACGCCUACACCCCCCGCACGCACAUGCCACGCCCCCCCCGCCCCCGCCCCCGCCUCAGCCGCGACACAACCCGCUCAACGAAGGCACGACUCCCGCACCGCCGCCGGCCCUCGCUGGGGUUAGAUGGACUUGACUUGACCUGCUUCAAACCCACGUGCUGACGACAGGAGGCUGACCAGUGUCUGGCCACGCCGGGAAGUAGCACACACAAAAGGUCACAGUGCUUUCCCAUGACCUCACAGCCGUCACCAAGCAGCCUUGUUACCUCCCCCCAUAUCCCCCCCCUCACGUGCUGACGACAUGCAGGAGGCUGACCCAUGUCUGACCACGCCGGGAGGCAGCUACAGAGAGCCUCAGUGCUUUAUCGUGAUCUCACAGCCGCCUGUCAGCCCUGUAGAUCAGUGUCCUUCAAACUCUUCUCCCUGCAACCCGAUUCUGAUCCCUGUCUUUUCUUGUAUGAUAGUUUCCGGUCCUUACCCACCAGGGGCCCUAGGGCUAAUGCGACGGAGAUGAGUAUUGCGGCCACGCAUAGCUAUAGCGCACGCCCCCAAGUUUACCUGCGUACUCCCGACCUGUUUUGAAGGAUCUUGACAGUACUGAUAGCUGUAGGCCUCCUGCAAGCCUGUAUUCUUUUUAUCCAUAUACGUAAGGAAGUAGCGACCCAUUGAGCAGUCUCGAGAUCCAGUACUGGGGCGCGUCCUGUGCUUUGAAGAACCAUUUUCCUCGACCUUCAAGACCGCUCCCAUUCCCUUGUCACCCACUUCUUUCGUCGCCUCCCGAGUCUUGCCGUGGCCUUGUCGAGUGACUGUGAAUGACGCGAAUGAUUGUUAGCGGUGGUGACAGUCAGAGUGACGCCUGACUGAUGUUAUGCACUAAAAUGGCUCAGGUCCUACAUCAUGUGACUGACCGUGUCCAGAAAAGUGAUUUAUGUAACACUCAAGUGAUUCGUAACCCCUGACCAGUCGUAAUGAUGCAUCAUUGUUUUAACGAUGCCUGACCCGCGUUACGUGCAUCGCAGGAUAACUGACAGCACGCACGAGAACCUAACUAGCGCCUUGUAUGCCAGAGUGAAGCUACUCACUUCAGUAACCAGUAAGUUAUGCAUGCCAGGGUGACUUACGCGAUAAGUGAUAACGUUGAUUUACCUACACGAAGUCGUUCUUGCUAUGGGGACUUAGUGAUGAGAAGUCGUUCAUGACAGGGGGACUUGGUGAUGGGAAGUCGUUCAUGCCAGGGGGAGUUACUGAUGGUAAGUCGUUCAUGCCAGGGGGAGUUACUGAUGGUAAGUCGUUCAUGCCAGGGGGAGUUACUGAUGGUAAGUCGUUCAUGCCAAGGGGACUUACUGAUGGGCAGUCAAUCAUGCCAGGGGGACUUGGUGAUGGAAGUCGUUCUUGCCAGGGGGAGUUGGUGAUGAAAAGUCGUUGAUGCCAGGGGGACUUAUUGAUGGGGAGUUGUUCAUGCCAAGGGGACCUACUGAUGGGAAGUCCUUCAUGCCAGGAGGACUUACUAAUGGGAACUCAUGCAGACUUGCGUGACAGGUUUAUUGGAUUCUUGUGGAGAGUGUGGAGGGGAGGCAGCAGAGCCCGUCCCAGGCAGCAGCAAGGGGCAGCGUGACGGAGGGGGUGGGGUGGGGGGAGAGGAGACCGUCGUUCAAUUCAACCUCAAGCGUCAUGAAGUGAUUUUCCUAAACCUUUUUCUAAUGUAAAUUACCAGUCUUUCCUCUUUACCUACGAAUAUUCUUACAUAUACAUUCUUUUUUUGUUAAUUUAUUCACUAAUUUAUCUACAAAUUUAUUUCACAAUACACAUCUAUUUUGUGGUGAUAAGAUGCCUUGCUCCAUCCCUGAUCACAUGGUGUGCCCUGCGCUCCAUCAAGCCCAAGGAGACUAUAUAACUAUAUAGUCCCCUUGAUCACUCCCGUCACUGAUGAACCAACAGACUGCACAUGUUGUUUUCUCCCUAUUAUCUAUCAUACGUGCAUUCAUGGGGAGAGAGUGCACUGUGCAGUUUCCUAGGUUACAGGAUCUUCCCCUCAUUCAUCUGCCUGUGGGUGGUGCAUCUGCUGCGGCUGGUGACGGCCGUGUGAUCUAUAGGGAGUCUGCGAGCAGAGCUGGCCUAGGAGAAAAUAUUUAUAUCCAUUGAACCUCUUUUUUCUCCUUUCACAUCAGAGGGUAAUAUCGAAAACAAGGUAAUGAAUUUGUGAACUGUAUUUGAGUGUGCGUGUUUCUUGGCGGUUUAUCAAUGAUGCCCACAUUUUUGUCUCUGCAAAAUCAAAGAACAAUACUCUGGAAAAAAAAAUGGUAAUGCCGAAUCUGCAUAUGAAAGACGUUUGACAUUUAAAAAAAAAUAUAUGUUUACUUUUACUGAAUUUAGUUUAAAAAAAAAGAAGAUAUACGUGGCGCCUGCUGUCAAGUCAGUUGAAAGUGAACCUGUAAAUGUAUGUAUAUGAAGAUGAGGAAGCUUAUACAUUGGUAUGUAAAAAGUUUAGCAAGACAUAUCGUCGCCGAAUGCCUGUAUGUGAGGGAAACCUGUGGCUUGAUGAUCAAAGAUACCAGUGUGCUUUGCUACAAAAAAUAAAAAUAAAAUAAAGUAUAAUAGCGUCGUAGACAGUUCAUUUUGACGAAAAUUUCUAUGGAAAGUAAAUAAAUGUAUGAAAAAGUA